UGGCCUUUGAAAGCAAAACACUGCAGCAACCAGGAGGCUCUUGAGUUGGGGAAGGAAUUAAGGAGGCUGUGCCUCCGGGUUGCGCGGAGAGUCUAAGUCAUUUCUGAGAAACCUGUGAUAGGUGGGCCCUAGAGGAGACCGCCGCCCGAGCACCGCCAGGAUAAGGCAUCGCACCCCUGUCCAUCUGCUCGGGAGAUACAGAACUUGGCACUUCUCUGCGUGGAGGUGCGGGAGAGGCUGUCAGUCAGCCAGAAGAGCUGCGAAGUCCUCCGAUGGCUGGGGAGAAGAGGUGAACACCGCCAGGAAAGAUGGUCUCCGGUUUGGGCCCCGCGUAGCGGCAGCAGCUCCAGCUCCCAGGCCGGGCCCAGGGAAUGUGCCUCUAGAACACCAUGGACCGAGCCCACGGCGCGGCCCUGCAGCUGCGCCAGCUGCCGCCCACGAGCAGCGCCCACCCGCUCAGCGAGCUUCCCUUCUCCUACAAGGAAAACUUGAUCGGCGCCCUUUUGGCGAUUUUCGGGCACCUUGUGGUCAGCAUUGCACUUAACCUACAGAAGUACUGCCACAUCCGCCUGGCAGGCUCCAAGGACCCCCGGGCCUAUUUCAAGACCAAGACAUGGUGGCUGGGCCUGUUCCUGAUGCUGCUGGGUGAGCUGGGCGUGUUCGCCUCCUACGCCUUUGCUCCGCUCUCGCUGAUCGUGCCCCUCAGCGCCGUCUCCGUGAUAGCUAGCGCCAUCAUAGGAAUCAUAUUCAUCAAAGAAAAAUGGAAACCUAAAGACUUUCUGAGGCGCUACGUCUUGUCUUUCAUUGGCUGCGGUCUGGCCAUCGUGGGCACCUACUUGCUGGUGACAUUUGCACCUAACAGUCACGAGAAGAUGACGGGCGAGAACAUCACCAGGCACCUCGUGAGCUGGCCUUUUCUUUUGUACAUGCUCGUGGAGAUCAUCCUGUUCUGCUCCCUGCUCUACUUCUACAAGGAGAAGAACGCCCACAACAUCAUCGUGAUUCUUCUCCUGGUGGCAUUACUCGGCUCCAUGACGGUGGUGACGGUGAAGGCCGUGGCCGGGAUGCUCGUCUUGUCCAUACAGGGCAAUCUGCAGCUCGACUACCCCAUCUUCUACGUGAUGUUCGUGUGCAUGGUGGCCACAGCUGUCUACCAGGCCGCGUUUUUAAGUCAAGCCUCGCAGAUGUACGACUCCUCUUUGAUUGCCAGCGUGGGCUACAUCCUGUCCACUACCAUUGCCAUCACAGCAGGCGCAGUGUUUUACCUGGACUUCGUUGGGGAGGACGCCCUGCACAUCUGCAUGUUUGCGCUGGGGUGCCUCAUUGCAUUCUUGGGCGUCUUCUUAAUUACACGGAACCGGAAGAAGGCCAUGCCAUUUGAGCCCUAUAUUUCCAUGGAUGCCAUGCCAGGUAUGCAAAACAUGCAUGACAAGGGAAUGACAGUUCAGCCUGACCUCAAAGCUUCUUUUUCCUAUGGGGCCCUGGAAAACAACGACAACGUUUCUGAGAUCUACGCUCCUGCCACACUGCCGGUCAUGCAAGAGGAACACAGCUCCGGGGGUGCCUCUGGGGUGCCCUACCGAGUCCUGGAACACACCAAGAAGGAAUGAGCCCACCUUGAAGGAGACUCUCCUUCCCUCCAUUUAUAACUGCUCUCAAGCCGGGCCAACAGUGGUUCAACCCUGAAUUCUAAAGUUUGCCUUUCUAGUUUUAUUUUUUUAAACGGAGACCUCUCUAGAAGGGGAUCUCAAAGAGCCUUUGUCUCUGGCGAAGAAUACAUGAUCCUGGUCUCGGAGAUUUCAGAUGACCACGGUGGCGGUGGGGGAGAUGAAAGCAGUAUUUCCUAGGGGGAGUGCGGAGUUCAGACCCUGCCUGGUUCUGCGCAGCCAGCUGGGGAAAGCCGUCCUCAUCCCUGAGGACGGUCACUGAGCUUCUCCGGCACUGACCAAAGGCUGCCACAUUCCUCGGAGCCAGAGCAAGGCAGAGAUUCUGCUCUCACUUUCCACAUCCAGUGAAAGGCUGGAGACCUCUGCAUCUGAUCUUCCCUUCCUGAUCCUCUCCAUCUCACUCAGGACUCCAGAUUUCCAGUAACGUUUGUGUUGUCAUCACAAGGCAGAGUAGGCCAGCCCUGGGAACAUCCUAUCAGUCACCUGUAGCAAAUGCACUUCUGCUUUCCAAUCAUCUGUGCCCUUCCAGUGAAAACACGCUUGGUGUGUUUAUAUUAGAUCUGCUCUGAAAACUGAUUUGCUUUUGGUUCUGUGAACUAUGUAAUUGCUUUUCUACCCCCCCACCCCCCGAAGGAACUGGGAAGUUAAGAGAAGGAGGGAAACAAGAACAGGAGCAGGGGUAAUGAUACGUUCGCCCAUAAAGGAAGAAAAAUCCCUUUUCAUCUUACAAAAGGUGAUUGCACCACUUAUAAAAGGAUAGGCGGAAAAUCCGGCUGUUUCGUGUGUGUGUGUUCCUGGACACCGGUGCCCUCUGGGAAGCUUGGGGUUGCUUGCCGCAGAGACAGCCUCCAUCAUUCUCCCUCCAUCAAACCAAACUUCAAUUAUUGGUUCAUUUCCUUGGAGCUGACCGAGACUCUUUGGGUCAUGUCAUUCCCAUGCGCGUAUUUCUGGGAAAGAGGGCAUUCUUGGUAAGGGGUUACUGCUUUCUUUCGGGCUACAUACGUGACCAUCUCCCCCCAGACUGAUUGUAAACUUCUGAGAAUGGCAAGUAAGGGUUUGCAAACUUUAGUGUAAGGAUCCCCUAGGGAGUGUGUUUUAAAUGCAGAUUCCUACAUCCCAAGCACAGAUCCUCUGUGGGAAUGACGAGAAGAGUCCUCAUUCUUGACAGGCAGCACGGGUCAUUCUGAUGCAGGCAAUCCAAGGAUCACACACCUUGAAAGCCUAGUAAUUGAGAGAGACGGGCUGCAGAAACCUCCAGGGGCCGACACACCCCUGCUGGAAAGUUGCAAUUACCCUUCCUUCUUUCCUGUCUAGGGUUCAUUUAGCUGGUCAGAUAAUUCCCAUAGGAUCCGUGGCAUUUAUCCAUCCAGUGAUUACUACUUAGAACCGCACUUACUGUUUCCCUGGGCACUCUUUAACUAAUAGGCGAGAUAACAGUGUUAAUAGACCAGUGUUGAUAGAUCAUUAACCUUUAUGGAUUGUGCUUAAUACCGAUUUACUACCUGGACUUCGAGAACGGGCACCUGUUGCUUGCGAUAACCACUGGGUGUUGUGUCUUACGUGCCUGAGAAGGCAGCACACGAUGAAUGACCUUUUUUUUUCAGGGUACGUAUCAACUGCAUUCAACAAUAUUUGUGAUGCAUUUGCUGUGUGUUAAGCAUUUGGAUGGGGGUGCCUGGGUGGCUCAGUGGGUUAAGUGUCUGCCUUCGGCUCAGGUCAUGAUCUCGGGGUCCUGGGGUCGAGCCCUGAGUCAGGCUCCCUGCUCAGCAGUCUGCUUCUCCCUCUCCCUCUGCCACUCCCCCGCCCCCAACUCGUGUGUGUGCUCUCUCUCUCUCUCUCCCAAAUGAAUGGGUAAAAGCUUUUUAAAAAAUAAAUAAGCAUUUGGAUGGUGAAGGCUACAAAGAACAGCAUUGGUCCCUGACCUGCAAAUCUGCAGAGGAAAACAUGUACCCGGGAAACCACAGCAGAGUGGGCCACGAGAGGUGCCCAGCCAACCAUGGGCCGCAGAAAAAGGACGGUUAGGGGAGCCCUGCUAAAGGUCAGGCCCUAACCCAGAACAGGGUAUUCAGAAUUGGAGAUGAUUUGGGGGCGUCUGGCUGGCUCAGUCGGUAGGGCAUGUGACUCUUAAUCUCAGGGUCAUGAGUUCGAGCCCCAUGUGUGGUAUAGUGUUUACUUAAAAAGGUUUUAAAUUUUUAAAUUAAUUAAUUAAAAAAUAAGUAUUGGAGAUGAUUUGGGCUUCUUUCAUCAAUGGGGGCAAAUCUUGCUAAGAUUUGAGCAAAGCAUAGGAAGUAGGGUGACCACACACACACACACACACCCAGUCAGAGGGGCCAGCAAUCGCAAAGGCACAGAGCUAGGGAGUGGGUGUUGGCAAAGAAAGGAGAGGUAGAGAGGGCGGUGGGAAAUGAGCCUGGAAAGAUACACAGUAGAACUUUGAAUGCCUGCUGAAGGAGGUCGAGGUGUAUCUUAGAGAGAAUGGGAGCCACUGAUGAUUCAUAAGGAAGAGAAUGGCAGGAUCAGCACUGAUUGGAAAGGGGGCUUUAUGCAGAGUAUAGAGAGAGAAUCUGAAGGGAUAAUAAAAGUCACUUUUCAAGUUCAAGCCAUAAGCCCACCAGAACACAACACAAAAGGGGAAUUAAAAUCCGGUUUUGCUGCUAUUCCGAUUUUCCAAGUGAUUUUUCUAAGGUGGGCAGGGAUGAGGUGUGAGGGCAGAGUGGAUAAAUGGAAGGUGAGCAGGGAAGCCAUUUCAAUGUGCCAGAUCCAGGUGAUCAUUUUGGGGUGUUAUGGGCUCCCUUCCCUUGUUUGGUCACGCGCCUUUUAGUCUCAAGCCAGGCAAGAGUAAGACGAGUGGAUAAAAGUGCAUUAUAGUUUCGGGUCAGCUGGCUGUCAUGGUUUUAGUGCCCCUGGGGCCUGGGCCUCCUCUACCUUCAGGGUGGGGGUGAUGGCAUCAUCCUAUGAAGCUGAGCCACAGGAAGUCUGAGCAGAGAGCGCCGGGCAGUUUCUGGAGUGGACGCCAGGGUAGGCGCCUGGGUACUCUGGAAGACCAGCUGAUGUGGAGCCCCGGGCUCCAGAGUUCUGAAUCUGUCCUGGGCUGUCUUCUCCCACCCUUUGUCCCCAAGUGUAAAGGAACUGUUCCCUGGUGGCACUUGCUUUUAGGACUGGGGGUGGGGGGUGGGAGGAGGACAUCACCUUUCUACUCACAGCCCCGAUUGUUUAUUUUUCCUCUUGGCUCUGCUGUUCCCCAAGCCCUCUUGAAUGCUCCAAGCCACAUUAAGUAACAUGCCUCUCCUCUCCUUCCUAGCAGCCAGGACCUAAAGCAAGGCCAACAAACUUGCGUUUAAACUUCCCGUCGUUCCCUGGUCUUCCUCUCUGCACUCCAGUCUGCCCCUCUCUUCUGAAGACUGGGACUCUGAGUUCCCCAAUCAGACAUUAGAACCGGUUGAAAGACUGGUGCCCGUGGGCUUUGAUGAGCUCUCAGCCCCUCCCCGGGACCCCCCCCCCUUGAAGCCACAGGUCGGAUGAGGCCAUCACAAUAAGCUUCAGGUCACAUGGGGUUCUCACCGUGUGGAAUUGAUUGCUGGGUAGGGAAGGGAGGACCGACGUUUCCAUUGCUUUUGUGGUGGAAACCAGCCGGCUUGAUGUACUGUGUGUGUACAAGACAUCCAUCAGGGUAGUGCUGGAGACCCUCCACCCUGCACUCUCGGGAAUUCCAAAUCCGGUCCAACCGUGGCUGAUAGGCAAAAAAAGUGGACUGUGUGUUUCUCUGAGAAGCUGUGUAAACGAAGUCACCUUAGAAUAUAUUCUAUGUGGAUGCUUAUAUUUUGUUAACUCCAUGACUCAUGUUUCUUAUUUUUCAUGUCUUAUUUUUCAAAAAAAUGUGUGUGUUAGGUGCAAAUAACCUUAUGAAGUGGUAUUUAAUUAAAAAACGUGUGUUACCUGUUUA